AUGACAACGCCGUUCAAUCUCAAGUGGGGCAUCCUUGCCACGGGCCGGAUCUCGCACAUAUUCACGAAAGACAUCCUCAUGCCGCCCUCGACGAGGCAGGUGACCGACGUCUCCCACACCUUUGUAGCCGUCGCGUCCUCCUCGUCAAUUGACAAGGCGCACCAGUUUAUCAAGGACUUUGAGGCGGACCUCAAGGUCGCACAGUAUCAGACGACGGGGGCCGUGAGGCCAUAUGGGAGCUAUGCGGACUUGCUGGCAGACAAGGACGUAGAGGUGGUCUAUGUCGGUAGCCCCCACAGCGACCAUUAUAAGACAUGUUUAGCGGCGCUGCGGGCUGGGAAGCAUAUACUUUGCGAGAAGGCUUUCACGCUCAACGCGGCUCAGACUGAGCACCUCUGCGCCUUGGCCAAGGAAAAGAAACUGUUCCUGAUGGAAGCCCAAUGGACGCGUUUCUUCCCCAGUAUCCUCGACCUGCAGACUCAGCUCAAUUCGCCCCAAAUGCCCUUCGGACGUAUCUACCGUACCUUCGCCGACUUCAGCAUUCAAGCUCCCGCUUCGGCAGCUCAUCGUCUCUACGACCCCAAGCAAGGCGGUGGUGCACUGUUAGAUCUUGGCGUGUAUCCCAUCCUCUGGUGCUUCAUCCUGUUCUAUCGAAACCCGGAGAACACACUCACGCCGCCGAGCGUCACUGCCAGUGUGGUCAACUCCCCCCUCACGGGGGUAGAUGAGCAGGACACGGUCGUGCUGAAGUGGGAUAAGCUGGGCUUCCAGAGCACAUGCUGCACAAGCUUGGUCGGGAGGACUGAGGAGUGGGCGUUGAUCCUAUACGGCGAGAAGGGUAAUGUCUAUAUCCCUCACCCUCUGUCCCGACCUUCGUCAUACACUGUACACAUGCAUGGUGAAGCACACGUGAAACAUCAAAUUCACAUCCCCGGGCAGGGUAUGCACUGGGAGGCCGACGCUGUUGCCCGCUCCAUCUCGAAGGGUGAGCUCGAGAACCCAAUCAUGCCGCACCAGGAGAGUAUCGAGAUUAUGAAGGUGAUGGACAAGGUGAGGAAGAUUGGGAACGUAUCGUAUGGCGAGCUGGAGGAUCUCGAGAAGUAG